AUGGUGUAUACCACUCCAUGCCGAACUGGCCUCGGAUUUGAUAUCGUAGCUCUAUUGACUUUCGGUAAAUUGGCUAUGACGAUGAAGAUCGCCGUCCUCGGACCGCGGCGCUCUGGGAAGACGACCAUCGCGAAUAUUCUCGGAGAAGUGCCCAUCAUCCAUUUGGAGGGCGCAGGGGGCGAGGCCAAGUACGCCCCAACGUGCGGGGUUAGAAUCUUGGAUAUUGAAACGGAUGAGGGGGUUGCUGUCGAACUUUGGGACGUUUCGGGAGAUGUUGGGGACUUCGACGCCUGUUACCGCACUGUCCAGCAUGGUUGUGAUGGUGUAAUAUUGGUAUAUGAUCCAAAUGAGAGGGCGCAGGUGAAGGAGGUGGAUAACAUGUGUUGCAACUACUGUAAUGGGGAAUUUGUUGGCGAUCGCAUCUUCAUCAUCAUUGUCGUCGUCGUUAUAGCGUACCGUAAGUAUGUGCAGAAGCACUUCGUGACGGAUGACGAUGGGAUGGGACUCGAACAAUGUAUGGUGUUGCAGACUCCUCGACUGAACUCGUCGGAUGAGCAGAUGAAGACUCUACAGGCUGUGCCGACUUCUAUGGAAAAGAUAGGUACCAUAACGAGCAUUGCUCGAGUAGAGGAGAUGGAGCCGGACAAGCUGCUGCAUUUUGAUGUUGGGGGUUUUUCCGAGAGAGACGCCCAGGCUGCAGCUACGGUAAAUCCGACACUCCCUUUGAAGGCGUUGGAUUCUCCUACUUCGAGCAUUCCGUCCCCUGUGGCUCCCCAUACUAUGGUUCUUGAAGCUGGGUCGAGCGUUCCCACGAAACAGGUCUUGACUUUGGACGAAGAGCUGCUACCACCAUCGGCUCCAUCAUGCAGAAUGGUUCGAGUUAAACUCACGAAGACGAUACCAGGCGACAAGUUCGGCUUUGUGAAUCAAGCACCGUUGCUCGGGGCAGGAGUGACGGGAGGCCCGACUUGCCUCGAAAUUGUCACUAUUGUGAAAGGGCAGCUGUUGGACAAAUGGAAUAAGAUCCACGCUGGGGAGAGUAGAGUGACGGAAGGGUCAUACAUUACUAUGGUGAAUGGUGUUAAGCUGGACUUGAAGGAGAUGAGGGAAGCGCUGAAGACAGACAGUGUCGACAUGGAAGUGUACGUGCCUAUUCAAACCUGA